AUGUCCAAGAUCGAUAAGCUGUCCGUCCAGGGCAUCCGCUCCUUUGGCGGCAGUCGCGAAACCAUCUCCUUCUACACGCCCUUGACCCUCAUCGUCGGAUACAAUGGCUCGGGAAAGACUACCAUCAUUGAGUGUCUAAAGUAUGCCACCACCGGCGAACAGCCCCCAAACAGUAAAGGGGGAGCUUUCGUUCAUGACCCCAAGUUAUGCGGAGAGAAGGAAGUUUUGGCUCAGGUCAAACUGGCCUUCACCUCGACUGGUGGCCUUAAGUUUGUCGCCACGCGGAGCCUUCAGCUGACCGUCAAGAAAACCGCCCGAUCGCUCAAGACCCUCGAGGGUUCUCUGGCCUGCAACAAUAAUGGCGAACGUACCGUCACCUCCUCCAGGGUCGCUCAAAUGGAUGAAUGGAUUCCGAGGGAACUUGGUGUAUCCAGAGCCAUUCUCGAUUAUGUCAUCUUCUGUCACCAAGAUGAGUCCCUCUGGCCCAUGAGCGAGCCAGCUGCAUUGAAGAAGCAGUUCGACCAGAUUUUCGAGGCGAUGCGAUACACAAAGGCCAUCGAUAACCUGAAGCUUCUCAGAAAGAAGCAGGGCGAGGAGCUGUCGAAGCUCAAAAUCUUUGAGGAGCAGGAUAGAAUCAACAAGGAGAAGGGCGAUCGGGCCGAAAAGCGCUCCGUAGCGCUGGAGGCUGAAAUCGAGCAGGCGAGGGAAAAGUGCAAUGCGCUGUCGGCUGAAAUGGAAGAACUCCAGGAGCAAAUCCGUGAAAAACAUGAACAGGCCAAUAGUUAUCUGAGCAUCGUCAAUGAUCUCACAUUCAAAAAGGACCAGCUCAAGUACCGUGAGGGUGCCAUUGCUGACCUUAAGAUGACUCUUGAGGAGCUCUCUGAAGAUGACGAGUAUCUCGAAAACUCGCUUGCCCAAUACGAGGAGCGCAUGUCCCGAUACCAGGAAGAAGCAGACCAGAACAAAGCCCAGUACUCAGAGCUGCAACAGAGCAUGGCCCAAUCUCGCAAGGAGCUCUCUACCAAGCUAGCUGAGCAAGGCCGUCACGAGUCUGACAAGGACAAGUAUGAGCGACAGCUUCAGACCCGCAUGGAGUUGGUUCGGAAGGCGGCAGAAUCGCACGGCUUCCGAGGCUAUGAUGGCGACCUGAAAGACAGCCAAAUCAGGACGUUCAACGAGCGAAUACAAAAACUUUUGGCUGACAAGAAGCGCGACUUGGAGCGGGUGCAAAAAGAGAAUGCUCGAGAGCUCGACCAAGCAGCAAGCGUCAUUACCGAGCUUGAAGGCCGCAAGGCCACCAUGACACAAAACCGUGUGUUCGCCAAGCAGCGGUUGAGCGCGAUCGAGAAGCGUGUCAAUGUCUUGCAAAUGGACAUCAAUCGCCUAGACAUUGAUGAAGGUGCCAAAGCCAUCUUGGACAGCCAAUUCGAGGACGUGGAAAGUCGACUGCAAAAAGCAAACGAGGCUUUGACAAGCGCCGACUUCGAUACCCAGCUCCAGCAAGACAAUGAGAAGCUCUGGCAGCUGGAGAGCGAAAAUGAGAAGCUGGGACGUGAACUGAUUGAGUGCACAAGACUGGCCUCAGAACGGGCACAGUUGGAUCUGCGAAAGAAAGAGUUGUCGGACCGCAAGCGCAAACUGGACACCCUUACGAAUACGUGGAAGCCCAAAAUCGACACGCAUGUUGGCUCCUCAUGGCAGACUGAUACUCUGGAGGCUCAGUACCACGACGCUGUCAAGCGCCAGAACAAAGUUCUUUCUGAAGCCCGUCAGAAGCGAGACUCAUUAAGAGACAAGCAACAAAAGGUCGAUUACCGACUUAAGAGCGCCAAAGAAGAAGGUCAGAAGAAGACGGCCGAGGCCGCUCGUUGCCGAGAUGCUGUGGUUAGCGCCUUGGAGACAGUUCGAGACGGAGCCACCAUUGACGACUACGAAGAGGAAGUCAAGUUGCACGAAGAGGAUGUGGAAACGUACACUACUGAUAUCAGCCUGCUUGAUGCGCUGGCCGACUAUUACCGUGGCUGUCAAAAGACGUUGCAGGAGAAGAACAAAUGUCGACUUUGCGAUCGCUCAUUCGAUGACAAGCAGAAUGUUGCCAAGUCCCGCUUUUCAGACAAGCUGGUCAAGUUUCUUGACCCUAACAAGAAAGAGAAGGCAGAGGAGGAUCUUGCCAACUCAACCGCCAUCCUUGGCUCGCUGCGCAAGGUUAAGACUCAGUACGAAACUUAUCAGCGGUUGAUGCAAGAAGUCCCCGGUAUUAAGGAGGAGUCUUCAUCGCUGGAGGCCGAGUGCGAGGCUAUGGAAAGACAGCUAGAGGAACACGAUGCCGUUGUUAGCGCCGAAGAAGAAAAGCUGAAUGACAUUGAGUCUCUGAACAAGACCGUCAUCAACAUCACACAGGCCGUCAAGGAUAUCAAGGAUUCUGAGGCGCAAGUGGACCGGAUUAUGUCUCAGCAGUCAUCCAGCGCUGCCAGCCGGAGCGCUGAUGAGAUUCAUGAACUGCAGGCCUCUUGUAACGAGCAGAUCAGAUCUCUGAAGAGCAAGAUCUCGAAAAUAUCGACUGACCGACAGCGCAUGAAAGACCAGCUCAACGCGCUCGAGCUGGAAAAGAGUGAGCUGAAGAACAAGCUUAGCAAGGCCCUCAACCAGCUGGAGCGCAAGAAGGAUUUCCAGAACCAGAUUCAGACCUUGAAGGAUGACCAGGCCCACCAGAAAGAGUUGAUCAGCAAGGCGGAUGAGGAGUUGGAGAGCAUUGAGCCCGAGAUCGCCGAGGCUAGAUCAGUCCGAAAUGAUAUUCUGGAGCGUGGUCGUACCAAGGAGCAGGGCAUCGCAGAGGAGCGCGACAAGGUUGCUGAUUCCGUCACUGAACUGAAGAUGGUCGAGAGUGACAUCCAAGACUAUAUUGAUAGAGGCGGGCCUUCCGAACUUGCGUCAAACCAGCGUGCGAUUGCUACUCUUGAGAAGUCCAUCACCGCGCUUGACAAGGAGAUUUCGGACCUGACCGUGCGGACCAACAAGCUGAAGCACGAUAUUGACAACGGUGACCGAAAGAAGCAGAACAUCAGCAACAACCUGAAGUACCGCCAGAACCUACAACAACUGGAGAUCCUCCGACGGGAUAUUCAGAACUUGCAGGCCCGUGAUGCGGACGAGGACUACAAGACUCUGAUUGCGGAGGCAAAGCAAUUAGAAAACCGCCACAACAGGCUCGUUGCCGACCGCGGCUCCAUCAUGGGCCAGAUGAAGACUAAAGAUGAGGAACUGGGCCGGCUCAUAGCGGAGUGGGAACAGGAAUACAAAAAUGCGGCCAAGAAAUACCGCGAGUCGCACAUCAAAGUCGAGACUACCAAGGCUGCGAUCGAGGACUUGGGCCGGUACAGCGCUGCUCUGGACAAGGCCAUCAUGCAGUAUCACAGCCUGAAGAUGGAAGAGGUGAACCGCAUCGCUGGCGAGUUGUGGCAGAGCACCUACCAGGGUACCGAUAUCGACACCAUUCUCAUCCGCUCCGACAACGAGAACGCGACCACGGGCCGCCGCUCGUACAACUACCGCGUCUGCAUGGUCAAGCAGGACACCGAAAUGGACAUGCGCGGCCGCUGCUCCGCGGGUCAGAAGGUGCUGGCCAGUAUCAUCAUCCGCUUGGCCCUCGCCGAGAGUUUCGGUGUCAACUGCGGCCUCAUCGCCCUCGAUGAGCCGACGACCAACCUCGACAAGGACAACAUCAAGAGCCUGGCCGAAAGCCUGCACGCCAUCAUCAAGGCUCGCCAAGCGCAGAGCAAUUUCCAGCUGAUUGUUAUCACGCACGACGAGGAGUUCCUGCGACACAUGCGGUGCAGCGACUUUUGCGACAGUUUCUUCCGGGUUAGGAGAGAUGAUAAGCAGAAUAGUGUCAUUACGAAGGAGAGCAUCACGAGAGUUUUGUGA